AUGAGCGUUCCCCGUAGCCUGUUCGCAGGCACGCGAACAGCACGAUCCGCAACAACUACACAAUGCUUCGCCAAAAGAUCAGCUCAGACUUCGCUGCUAUUUGCAAGACGGCAGUCGAACCAAGCCACCAGAAAGCUGCACCAGCAGACACCACGAAGAGCACAACAUGCCGCCGCCGCUCGAGAAGUUGAAUCGUCAAACCCCGCCCUCUCCUUCCCAUGCCUCGACGCUCAAGAGGCUCGCUCUGUGUCUCUUUCGAGAAAGAGGGCAUCUUCAGGACCCGAACCCUCAUAUACCUCUGGACACACCCUGAAUUUCCAUUCGACACAGCCCAUACUCCUCGAUUGGGGCGGCAUACUGCCAGAGUUCAACAUUGCAUAUGAGACAUGGGGGCAACUCAGCCCGAACAAGAGUAAUGCCAUCCUACUCCAUACUGGGCUAUCCGCUUCUAGUCAUGCCCACAGCACAGAAACGAACACAAAGCCGGGAUGGUGGGAGAGGUUUAUCGGGCCAGGAAAGCCUUUGGAUACAGACAAAUACUUCAUCAUCUGCACAAACGUAAUCGGAGGAUGCUAUGGCUCGACUGGACCUUCCUCAAUCGACCCUGCCAACGGCGAACGAUACGCGACCCGAUUUCCAAUUCUUACAAUGGAGGACAUGGUACGCGCACAGUUCCGACUGCUGGACAACCUUGGCAUUCAGAAGCUGUAUGCGAGUGUAGGAUCGAGUAUGGGUGGUAUGCAAAGUCUAGCCGCUGGGACACUGUUUCCUGACCGCGUGGGCCGUCUUGUCAGCAUAAGUGGAUGUGCACGCAGUCACCCAUACAGCAUUGCUAUGAGACACACCCAACGUCAAGUGCUCAUGAUGGACCCCAACUGGAAUCGCGGUUUCUAUUAUGACAGCAUCCCUCCACAUGGUGGUAUGAAGCUUGCACGAGAAAUUGCCACAGUCACAUACCGAAGCGGCCCAGAAUGGGAGCAACGAUUUGGUCGACGGCGGGCAGACCCUUCGCGACCACCGGCGCUUUGCCCCGAUUUUCUCAUCGAAACCUACCUCGACCACGCGGGGGAAAAAUGGUGUUUGGAGUAUGAUCCGAAUAGCUUGCUCUACGUCUCCAAGGCCAUGGACCUGUUUGAUCUAGGACAAGAGCACCGCAAUCGCAUCAACGAGGUGCGGAAGGCGAACAGUGGCAAGAUGCAGGCUUACCUGGAUGGCCACGACAUCACGUCUGACACGAGCAGCGAUGUGUGCAACUUGACUUUGCCUGAUCGACCAUACGAGGAGAAAGAGCAGCCUGCUGAUGUCGACUCUGUAGCGCAGACUGACGGCAAUGAACCACCAGCCGAUCUCGUGGCUGGCCUGAAGCCUCUCGCAAAUACCCCGACUCUCGUUUUGGGUGUUGCUAGCGACAUCCUGUUCCCUGCGUGGCAGCAGAAGGAAAUAGCAACAACGCUCAAGCGUACUGGCAACAAAAAUGUCACGCAUAUUGAACUCGGGGAAGAGAAGAGCUUGUUUGGCCAUGAUACUUUCCUUCUCGAUCUUCAGAACGUCGGUGGCGCUGUGCAGAACUUCCUUGGAUGA